AUGCGAUUGGUUAUGGAGAUAUCCGUUCACUUCACCGACCGGUGGCGACGGGCCGACUUCCCUGGUGGGAGCGAUCACAGCCACACGGCUAUAUGUAAUCGGGCCGAUUUCCUCAACCCUAUUCUCAUACCUCCUCUAUAUAUUCUCCAUGCUCUACCUUCUGCUCACUAUAUCUGCUUAACCUGCUGGCCCUCCCCCGCAACCUGGGAUGAUCUCAACACCACCCUAACCAACCACCUCCUACACCCCCACCCCGCCGCCUCGGUCUGCUACCCCAGCAACCCAACCUACAACCUUUCCCUCUGCAGCACCAUCCUCAGCAACUGGCCCCACUCAUCCUUCCACUCCUCCGACCCCCUCAGCAUCGACGACCCCUUCUGGGCCAACAACAGCUGCAACCCCCUCUUCCCGAAUGGAACCAGCAUCACGGGGAACAUCCAUGCCGAGGCAGAAGGGUGCACGAGGGGUAAGUACCCCGUGUAUGUGAUUAACGCGACGGAGGUGGGCCAUGUUCAGACGGGGUUACGGUUCGCGAGGGAGUGGGGGGUAAGGGUGAAUGUGAAGAAUACGGGACAUGGGGCGGAGGGGAGUGAAUUGGGGGGGGGGUUGUCGUAUACGCAGUGUGUGGCUGGGUUGGUGGGGAAUGGAACGAUCAUGGCAGCUACGCUAGGCGCGGGCGUACAGGAUGGGGAGAUGUUUGCUGCGCUAGCUAAAUAUAAUGCUAUUGCUGACGUUGGAGUCGUGGGCUGGGCUACAGGCGGUGGUCACGGCCUAGCGACAGGGAACAACGGUAUGGGGGCGGACAAUAUCAUUGCAGCCGAGAUUUGUCACUCCGAUCUCUUCUGGGCUAUUCGUGGUGGUGGUGGUGGCGGUACUUACGGGGUGAUUGGCUCGGUGACGGUCAAGGCGUAUCCCAUGCCCCAGGUGACGAUGAUUAAUCUCAGUCUGGCUGCCAGGAAUGGGACCAGUGACCGUGAUUGGUACCGGGUUGUAGCGCAUGCGCAUCAGUAUCUGGUUGAUCUGCAAGAUCAUGGGGUCCAUGGAUACUAUGUCUUAGGUGGACCGCCGUUAGCAAUGAACGGUGCGUUGUUGCUGUAUGAUGCGAAGAACGGCACUGCGGAGAGACUACUUCAGCCGUUUUGGGACUUCUUGAAGCGGUAUGAGAGUAUCGUGGAUUCAACUAUCAUGCCUUCAAGUGAAUCGAUUGGCACGAUGCAAUCAGCCCGUGCGUCACGGUUUAUUCCCCGCCGUGCUGUGGAAGAUGAUGUGGAAUUGUUCGCUCACACAUUACAAGAGAUCAUGUCUCGCAAGGAUUCCCCCGAGGGCGUCUCCACCCCCUCCAUCUCCGGCACCAUGACCGGCAGCCGCAUCCCGGUCGACAAUGCCCUGAACCCCGCGUGGCGGGAUUCCGUCGUGCAUUGGAUUGUCUCGCAGAGUUGGAAUCAGUCGAUUCCGGUGCCUGUGGCUGAGCAGGUGGUAUAUAAUAUGACGUAUGGGAAGGGGUAUGCUCUUCGUCAGUUGGCGCCUGAUACGGGGUGCUAUCUUAAUGAGGCCAAUCCGUAUGAGCCGGACUGGCAAUCGUCCCUCUUUGGGGCGCAUUAUCCGAGACUGCUCUCGGUCAAGAGUCGAUAUGAUCCGGAUGAGUUGCUCUGGUGUCGCCACUGGGUGGGGAGUGAGGCGUGGGUGGAGCAGGAGGAUGGGCGGUUGUGUUCGGCUUGA